GAACUUUUUGGUUUAAAAAAUCCUUCAUGUAAAAUACUUUGGUUUCUUUCUUGGACUUUUGGACAACCAACCCAAAGAAAAGAAUCUACUUAAUAUAUUACAUUAAUACAUUCCCAAUAAUAAAUCAAUAUACCAUCUCAAAAGCUCCUUCGUUUCGAAUUCACUCUGACUUUUCUUUGCUUUUCGUUUAAGCAGUUUCGGGAACUUCACUUUUCUUUCUACUACGGGCCAGUGGCUUAUCUUUUUUCAUUAAAUAAGAUGGAGCCGGCCAACCGCCAUCUGCCCAAAGAAUUUGGAUAGCCACUGUGGAGGCGUAUGUCUGAUCAUUUAUCUUUCAUUAAAGCUUGAAAGGGAACGGCGAGAAAUGGGUUGGGGAACUUUCCUUGAGAUAUUAGCAAAACUAUUCUGUGCUUUCUCUAGCUCGCCCUUUACUUUGGUUUAUCCCAUGUAUGCUUCAGCUCGGGCUAUAGAGAGCGAUUCCCACUCCAUAAAUCAGCAAUGCCUUGCUUGCUGGGUACUCUUUGGUUUAAUUCUUUUUAUGGAGAUGGUGCUUUCAGAGCUAUUGAAAUGGAUUCCGUUUUGGCCUUAUAUCAAGGGUGUGGCAACCAUCUUGCUGGCGAUACCUUCUUUUCAGGGUGCUUCUUAUGUAUACAAACACUUCAUCGGGGCUUAUUUUCUUGAGGAUUCACAAAUGCGAAACAUACUGUUUAUCCCGAGGAAGAAGGACUUCAUAGCCUGCAUUCCUGAUGCUGUUCAUACAAAUUAUGUUCAAAAUGGACUAGAGCAGUUGGAGAAACACACAAUUUGCAAGGAAAAUUUGGAGCCUAGUUGUGACAUUUCAAAAGUGGAAUAUGCUUGGCCAACUCUUACAGUUAAUAAAGCUCAGGGGUCGAGAUGUGCUCUUUGCCAAGUCAGCACCACAAGUGAAAAAUGUCUGAAGAAACACCUCCAAGGGAAGAAGCACAAGAUCAUGGAGCAAGAACUAAAUUUACGUGAAUUAGAGGCAAAUAAUACAAAUAGGUCUUCAUUAAUGCCAAUGAAAACCAAACAUGGGGUGGCCUUACAUGGGAACUUCAGCCCUAUGCCGAGUGUCAAUCUUAAAAAAUGGAGCGGCUUUUAUAAACCAAUGACGUGGCAUAGUUGGCAAAAGCCACCACUUGGAUGUAUAAAACUAAAUACUGACGGAUCUGUAGAUCGGGAAAAUGCUGGUUUUGGUGGUUUGCUCCGUGAUUACAGGGGUCAGCCAAUAUGUGCCUUUGUCACUAAAGCUCAAUUUGAUGAUGUUUUCUUGGUUGAACUAUCAGCUGUUUGGAGGGGCCUGGUUCUUGCUUCUUGUCUGGGGAUCAGGGUAAUAUGGGUUGAAUCUGAUUCAGAGAGUGUUGUGGAAACCAUAAACGGACUGCGAAGUUUUAAUACAAAGGCUAGUAGUUGGUUGAAUGACAUUUGGAGACUUCUUGGCAAUCUUGAGAGGUUCUGUGUUUCUCACACAUGGCGUGAAACUAAUAAAGCAGCUGAUUAUCUGUCAAAGAUGGUUCUGAUGGGAAGUGACGUAGUAUUAUGGCCCAAUGAUUUUCCUAGUAAUCUUUGUAAUAUCAUCAAGGAUGAUGCUGAGGGAAGGUUGUAUCGUAGGGGGUAAUCUACUGAAAGACUAUAUCGCGAAUAUCAUUCAAGCGACUUUAGUUUUAUAUAUAUGUAUAUAUAUUCAAGACGGAGGAGGUAAGAAGAAAGGGUGUGUGUAUAAUUUAGAUUAUAAUCAAUUACAUAUGGGAGACAGAAGACCUGGGGUUUCACUCUUAAGAUUCAGCUUUAAAGAUAUUGAGGUGAUUGAUAAAUUAUGCAGUACUCGUGACUGUCCAUUGGUGAAAGUUUGAGUCCAACUAUGCUUCUAGGAGCAGAAGGAAACCAGACUAUUCAGGUUAUCAAAACUGUAUAUGAUGGUAGGCUAAGUGAUUCAAUUAGUUAGUCAACAUUUUAGAUUAUUACGUUUAUGAUUUAUGUUUUCUUCUUGCUGAAACUUGAAUGUUUGAACAUUCCAUGACAAUGAGUAGUAAUAUGAUAUAUCCAGCAAGGAA